ACUCUACGAGUAACGGGUAUAAAAAUUGCAGACGUCGUCUGUGUCGAGGUCGUCUUCUAUUUGUUCAACCCUCUCAUUUGCAACUCGUUAUAAUCUUCAUCUCUUGACCCCUGUUCUGGCACAUAGUUAAUUCUUUGUUGAGUCCGUGUGGAUUGGCCCCUUUGCCAAGUAGCAGGAUGCCUGGACCGAGUGGUGGCGGCUGGCUUUGGGUGUUUCCCAAAUACGGACGAGACUGCUGUCUAAGCGAGCCGGUUUGAUGAUUUCCUCCCCUUUGAGUUUUUAUGAAAUGGGGAUUUUUUUCAUUGCCCCUAGGUUCUGAUCCUGUUCAAUAUAGUUAUAUGAAUUUUGCUGUGAUGGAUUUCUCCACCCUGCCUGCCGCUGAUUUUGCGGUUUAUAAUUUUUUUCCUCAUUAUGCCGGGCAAAGUUUGCCGCGAAAACACUUCUAUCGUUACUCGAUUCGGCUUCUUGAGCUAGUUCCAAUGCAAGUCCUGUGGUUGUGCCGGAAAAACGGCUAUUUUCAGUGAUGUUUUUAGGCCAGAUAUGAACGCAUGUUAAGCGUCAUUUCUGUGUUGUUCAUUGAGGACGGCUGCUGUGGCCGCGUCAUGUGUCAUAACUGUUUUAUUUGUGUAAUAGUAGUAGUAGUAAUUGUAUAUAAGCAUAGUAGUAUAAGACCCAUUGCAAUAUUAGAAUGUAAGAACCUAAUUAUAAGAGUCGCGAAUGUAAACAGUACACACACACUUGCUGAAUAAAUGAAGAGUCAGUCGUCGCUGAACUGUCACAGAGCGCACACUAAAGCUCAGAAGUGGUCGGACCUACUCAUUUCAAAAGAAAAAUAAAAAUCGGCAUUAAUGAAUUGUAAUCCUGGCAAUUACACAUUAAAAGAACUAAAAGCUCUGUGCCUGCAAAACAAACUUAAAAGUAGUGGCACAAAAAUCGAAUUGAUUAAAAGACUUGAAAAUAUUAAAUUUGAGUGGUGCGCGCAUGAAAAAAAAUAAAACAGCAAUGAAAAAAAUCAACGCCACAGAACAAACCGGUAAAAUAGACAGGGAUGAAAACAACGGCAACGGCGAAGAACAAAGUGGCGACAACGACGGCGACACGAUGACGGCGUCGUUUGCACAUACAUACAAAGGAAUGCAAGAAACAGAAGGUUCGAGAAAAGUAACGGGAUCUUGUGAAAUGAAUGUUAACAACGAAAAUGAGAUCGAGCAAUGUUUUGAGAGGCAGAUGGUGAGCGCCAGCAACAAUGAGUCCAACAAAUGUUUAGCUAUGCCGAUGGCUAGCAACAAUGAUCCUGAGAUGCAAAUGGCUGGCAACAAGGAUCCGCAACAAUGUUUUGGAAACCAAAUGAUGCGCAACAAUGUAACUAUGCAAGGCAGCGAUAUUCAAAGACUGGGAAAAUGAGUUGAAAAUAUUGAAGCUGCAAAAUGAGAUCGACCAGUUAAAAAAUAAACAACAACGAAGUAACGACACAGACUCAAGCAUUUCUUUCAAAAUUUUAAAGGAGAUCGUUAAGAAAAAUUUCAAAGUCGGCGACGAGAUGAUGCGUGCGCUGAUUCACUACAAAGUUAAGGGCGAUGCUGAAAUAUGGCUGUAUUCAAGCACGAGCGCUACUAUGGACACAGCGGAUAAAAUGUUAAGCCACCUGGAGAAAAUGUUCGUAAUGUCCAAAGAGUCAAAGUUGAGUAUGCGGCAGAAGCUACAGAACUGCGUCUGGAUCAAAGGUGAGGAGUUCUCCAAGUACUACAACGAGAAGUGGCAGCUGGCGGAUAUCUUAGCACUGGAAGAAGAUGAAUUUUUGGAAUAUGUCAUUGACGGCAUACACGAUGUCAAUCUACGCAAUCUGGCUAAGUCGCGUUCGUUCAAGACCGGCCAAAGAGUGCCGCAAGCCUAAGAGACAAGAUGGGGAAUGCAAACAAUACAAGAAGUCGAAGGGCGGGAACAACGAAUAUGUAAGUUAUAUUGAAUUAACAUUUUGUACAAAGUAUAAUAUGCUGAACCCCAUUUUUAUAGAAUGUAUCAUAGAUUCUGGCAGCCCGAUAAGUAUUAUUAAAAAACGUUUUAUACCAAGUCAAAUAAAAAUGGAAAAGACUACCUCUUAAAGUUACUUUGGAUUAAAUUUAAGUAAAUUACAAAUACAUGGAAGCGUAAAAUGUUCAGUUAAAUUCUCAAAUAAAGAUACUCCUAUGUUACUAUAUGUCGUGGAUGAUGAAUCUAUGGGAUAUGCUAUGUUAUUGGGAAGGGAUUUUUUAGCAAGAGUAAAGGCCAAAAUUGUAAUUGAUAAUGAACACGAAAAAAUAUCUGAAAUAAAAAAAGAUUCGAUAGUUGAAGAAAAUCAAAAUAAAAGUAAAGAACUUAAAAGUCAUUAUGAGACCAAUGCAGACGAACAAAAUAAUUUUGAAAAACAACUAUCAUUAAUUGAUUACAAUGAUAAUGAAAAGGUAUAUGAGAUAGGUUCACAAUUAAAUUUUAAACAAAGAUGCGAAUUUAUAAAUUUUAUUGAAGAAUAUUAUAUUAAACCAAAAAGACCGAGUGAACCGAAUAUAAAAUGUGAAAUGAAGCUAAGGUUAGAAGAAGACAAGCCGUUUAGAAAGAGAAAGAAAAAUUACAAGGAAUCCUUGAUGAUUAUUUAAAAGAUGGUAUUAUACGACAAAGUGAGUCUGAGUAUUGUUCGCCAAUUGUACUAGUAAAAAUGAAAUUGGGUGGCAUUCGGAUGUGCAUAGAUUAUAGGAAACUAAAUAAGAUCACGGCGGAAGUUAGAUACCCGAUGCCAUUAAUUGAUGAUUUAUUAGAUACCCCAGCAAACAAAGUUGUGUUCUCGAAGUUAGACCUGAAAAAUGGAUACUUCCAUGUUCAUAUGGACGAAGAAUCGAUAAAGUAUACAUCAUUUACCACGCCACUAGGACAGUAUGAGUUCACAAGAAUGCCUUUUGGGGUGACAAAUGCUCCGUCUGUUUUUCAAAGGUUCAUCAACAAAGUAUUUGACGACAUGAUUAGGGAAAAGAAAGUGAUAGUUUAUCUCGAUGACAUAAUGAUAGCGACAAAGAAUAUAGAAGAUCACCAAGCUAUAUUAAAAGAAGUAUUUGAGCGAUUAGUUAAAAACAAAUUAGAGCUACGAUAAAUGUAUGUUUUUUCAAAGUGAGGUGAAAUAUUUAGGAUAUAUAAUAUCAUAAAAGGGUAUUAAAGCAGAUGAAGACGGUGUGAAAGCAAUUGAAAACUUUCCCGUGCCACAAAAAGUUCAUGGUGUUCAAAGUUUUUUGGGGAUGUGCUCGUAUUUUAGAAGACUUAUACAGAAUUUUUCAACAAUAGCAAAGCCACUCCAUGAUUUGACAAAGAUAGACAAAAAGUUCGAGUUUGGGCCAGCGCAAUAAGAAGCAUUUGAUGAAUUAAAAAGCAAGCUGUUAAAAACGCCUAUUUUAACAUUGUACAGUCCUGAGGAUGAAACAGAAUUGCGCUGCGAUGAGAGUUCGAUAGGUUUCGGAUCAAUCCUCUUGCAAAGGAAAGCAGAUGGUAAACUACAUCCAGUUUUUAUACCCGUUACUCGUAGAGUAAAAGGGUAUACUAGAUUCGUUGAAAAGUAUGUAACAGGCAGAAGGAAGCGUUUCCGACCAUAUAAAGUAUAUAUAUUCUUGAUCAGGAUCAAUAGUCGAGUCGAUUUGGCCUUGUCCGUCUGUCUGUCUGUUCGUCCGUAUGAACGCUGACAUCUCAGGAACUCCAGAGUACAAGACGCAGCGCAAGUUUGUCGAUUCAUGU